AUGGACUUUUAUGACGCUCUAUGGGAAAGGGCUCUUAAAUUCCGCUCCGACUCUCUGAUCCAGCCACUUGAAGCCCCAGUCCGUCUCCCAAACUCUUACAAUUAUCAAGAGUACACAAUUACUCACAAAUACAUUAAUUCAAAAGAUGCAUUUAUAGCUCACAAUUUAGAUUUUACAAAUUAUCAUCUAAAAGUUAUCGUUUGUGACUCAUACAAUCAAGCCAAAGAAAUUCACCGAAUAAUCCAACCAUUAACUCCUAUCUGCGGCGAGCUUAAACUUGUAGAAAUUAAAGAUGUUUUCGAAGUCUAUGAUAAUGAUAAUUGGCUAGUCAUACUAGUCAGCGAGCUUGUAGAAGGGAUCUCUCUAGAACAAGUGUCAGGACUUUUACGAUCCAGCUCAGAAAUAGACAAGAUUUCUAAAGAUGUGUGUAUUUUUGCUUAUAUUUGGCUCCUAGAUGUUAUUGAAUCUGCUCAGCAGAAGGGAAUAUUUUUUAACAGCAUUUUUCCUGACAGUGUUUUAUUGUGUAGAGGGCCAGUUUCAGCGAAUUCAGUGGUUUCUACAGAAAAAUACUCGUAUAAUUUGAAAGUUUCUAUGACUGGAAAUUAUGCACUUAAUUGUGGAGUUUCUAGGCUGGACCAUAUUUAUCCUUCUCCGAAUUAUCGAGAUACUUUAUUGUCUGAUCUCUGAGGACUCGGCCUUUGCUUAUACACUCUUUGUGGCUCUGGAACUUUAGAAGAAUUGCCAACGCUUAGGGAUUGUUCUGAUAAAGAAAGGCAGGAAGCUAUAAAAAUACGUUUCCAAGACCCAGCGAUAGACUGUAUAUUAGCUGAUGCUUUUAAAGACUCAAAUUCUAAAGCACCUUUUAACCAUCCUUUUGUAAAGGUCUGAAGAGGAUUGUGGCUAAAGGAUUGGAGCAUGGUAGAUUCCAGCUCUAUCCGAGAGCUGUUCGCCCUUAGGUCUGGGCUGUUUUUUGAAAACAUUCAAGCUCAAUUUUUAGCAUUAAAAAAAGUUUUAAUUUUAGGCUCGAGCCACAGCUCAGAAAUUUAUGACCAUUUGUCAAGUUCACAUAUAUUAAGCGAUUUUUUGCAACUUUGUAUGAAAUUUGAUUGAAAAGGGUCAAGAAAUUUAAUUGAUUCAGUGUUUUUAAUUAUGCAGUAUAAGCCUGCUACGCAUGGAUUUCAAGAGCAAUUAGUGGAUAUUGGAUUUUUAGGGAUCAUUCCUAUUGCUAUAAAGCGUAAUAUUACUCCAAAUAUUUUAUAUGAUUUUGCUAUAAGAUUUAUUGAUGAUAACACGCUGACUCUUUUGCAAAUUUUAUGAGACGCUGAUGUCCCAAAGCGAGCUUUAGGUGGCGAUAAAAUAGAUGCUGGGUUUUUAAAGUCCACUAUAGCUUAUUAUGGCCCGAAUUCUUUAGAUAUCAUGAAAGAAGCUAUGAAAAGCGAGUUUUUAAACGAGUAUAGAGUUUUGCAAGCUAUGCUGGAGGUUCCGUUUUAUUUUAAACUUGAACGGCACAGAGAUGUGCUAGAACUUUUAGAGAAAAUUAUAGCUAAAGGAAAAAACCAAAGCGAAUUUAUAGUAGACAUAUUAAAAAAUACUGUCCUUAUUUUAGCUGAAAUUUUAUCAUUACCAAAAGUCCUCCAAUAUCAUCAUGCUUCAGGACAAUGCACAAGCCAUUCCACCCAGCAGUUUAUGUGCUAUGUCGGGAAAAACCCUCUACUAAUUUACUGCAUUGACUGUAAUAUUUCUCUAUGCACAGUCUGUUAUUGUGCAGCCCAUGCAGGUCACAAUAAAAGGUUUCUUUUAUAUCUAAACCCGCAUUUUCGCUGUAACUGUGAAGAAGAGCACAAAGUUAUUUUGUGUGAUAUUUCUGAGUUUCGUCUGCCUGAAAAAAAUACAAAAAGGAUAUACAAAUUUGUAUUAUUUAAGAAAUAGGUAUAAAUAGAAGCCAUUAAUCAGUAAAAUUCAGCAUACAUGAUUUCUAGAAAUGGAGAAAUUUCUUUAGAAGACCAUAAAGGGAUCUAUAAAAGUGGUCGCGAAAAAGUAAAAAUUACUACGGAAAAACCAUUGGUCACUAAUUGAGACAAAAAUAGGGUAGGGACUGUAAUUUAUUAUGAAGUAAAAAUCCUCAGGGCUGGGAAAUAUGAAGACAUUACUAUAGGAAUUGAUGGGACUGGAAUUUCGUAUAAAGGCAUGAAUGGGAAAAUUUUCAAGGGAGAUGAAGAAGUCUCGCUUGGUCCUCGUUUUGGGUCUUGAGAUAUUGUAGGGAUAGGAAUGACCAAUUACAAAAAAGUUUACGUCACCUAUAAUGGCCUUGUUGUACACCCACUUAUUAGCUGCGAUCCUGGGCCAGAGCUUCGGCCAAUAAUCUCUAUGGGAGACGGCUGCGAAAUUCAGCUAAAAUUAAGAAGCUGGAUGUUCCAGCCUCCAGAAUCCCCAAACCAGCCUUUAUUUUACAGUGAAAUUCUCCAAGAGUCCAAGCACCUUUUAGAAAACUUGUUUAAUUUAAUCAAAAAAGUCUGCAGAAAAAAUAACAAAGAUAGGAAAUGUCAAGAUUUAAUAGAAAAAUUUUUAGCAUUAUUAGAGUCAGUUAAUGAAGAAAAAUUAAUACAGAAAACCAGAAAAGAAAUACAGAGAACGUAUGGAGGCAUGUCUUCGUAA